GGACAUACGAAUCAAAAAGAUAAUCACAAAAAAAAAAAAUGAACAACAUGACGACGACAAACGAUGAAAUUCAAAGCAAAAAAGUUGAGGAAAAUUCCAACAAAAAAGAUUCAAAUAGCCCAGAAAAGUUUGUUGUACACUUCCUAGCCAGCUUCCAUGAUAUCUGUGUUGUUACCGCAAUGCUUCCACUUUUCACAUUGUUGUGUUGUUUUGUCUCUGCGUAUGUCUUCCAAGCUGAUGAGGUCCAUGAAACACAUUGCCGAGUCUAUAAUAUAAUUCCAUCGAUAAGUGCAAUUACGGGAGUUAGUCCUCAACGUUACUUUUGGAGAAUAAGUAUCGCCUUACAUAUAGGACCCAGGCUGCCUAUAGCAGUUGUAUACAAAAACUAUUACCGUAGCCUUAUAAGCAAAUUAAAUUCUCCAGAAUCGAUAAAAAAGGCUGAAACCUUGGCUCGGUUGGUUUUCUGGUUAAAUGCAAUCGAAAUAACAUCGCUUGGAGGAGUAACUUAUAUUUCAAAUCGAGAAAAUUAUCCUCUUCAUGAAAAGAUUUUCAUAAUCUUCAUGACAUGUUCUCUGUGUCAUAUGUUGGCUACAAUCAAACUCUACAGCAUUCUCCAUGACGAACAAUCCAUAACUAACUCCCAAAGGGUCUCACUCAAAUGGAAAAAGAUUCUUUUUGCAAUUUCAAUUAUCAGUACGGUUGGUCUCUUGGUAUUCUUUGCUAAACAUCGAUUAUAUUGUCAUGAUUUAGCAUUUAGUGUGUUUGCAUUUUGCGAGUAUGUCAUUGCUGUGGCCAAUAUGUGCUUUCAUUUUACUAUUAUUUGGGAUUUCCCAUCACAGUACAUGUUUAUUGCGCAAGGACCACUAAAAGUUAUCGAGGAACAUAUAUGCAAUACCUCGCCGCCGCUGCCACCAACACCAUCAAGUGAUAAUGAAACUAAAAAGAAUGAAUAA